GGUAAAAUUAUCCAAAAUCCUUCUUAUAAAAUAAGAAUUUUAAAAUGUCUCUGUCCACCUUUAUACAUACUGCCUUAAGCAUAGUACAAUGUUUUUGCCCAUAAAAUGGACACAAAGUAGCUAAAAACUCACAGUAUUAUUUCUUUCUCAUAAUUUUUAUUGUCGAUGCUCUAUUUUUAAUUGCAGCAUAGGAAAGGGGAGUUUACUAUGAAAAGAAAAUGGCUUGUCUUUAAAAUGUAAGAAUUUCUUCGUGUGCUAUUGUUGCCUGCCAACAAUGAGCUAAAGAGGUUAAUGGAUCAUAGGUCUGGCAAACAGCCACACUGCCUCCGGCUCCAUAUAUUUAACUGUGUAAUCUGGGUUAAGAUUUGGUGCUAUUUUUUAAAUCAGGGCCUGAAACGUCGAUAAAUAAAAAAUAGGUUUUAGCCAGUCUUUUUAUUUUAUUUAUUUGUUUAUUUUUCCCCCGAAAAUAGAACCACUUAUCACUGAUCUCGAAUGGCACGGCAGGAGGAAAGAGAGGAUGCAGGCAGGGGCCUCCUGCGCCCUCCGCCACCCUGUGCCCCGGGAUAGAGCUCUGCCCCCAUUAGCAGCCGCCGGGCACUCCCUGGCAUCCCUCCGGCCGGGCAUCAGCGCCUGCUCCCCCCUCUCCCCGGGCUGCCAACCACGAGGGCCCAAAAUCCCAGAGAAGUACUUUCAUGGGUCCUCUACACACACCCCUUUCCCCAGGAAACUCUUUUUGGAGUUUUGAAACCACCACCUGCAGCCACCUCUCCAUCAAAGGAGUGGGGUGAUGCGUGUGUGGUUAAUUGGGGUUUGGUGUUUUUUGUUUUUGUUUUUUUUAAGGAAAGAGAGACCACCGAAAAAGUAUAUAGCUCCCCCUCUCCCAUCUUGCAUGUUCUUUGGGCACACUGUUGGAGGAGCCAGGCAGCAGCGGCAGCGUUAUAAUGCAAAUCACUAAGCGAGCAACUUUCAAUGCUGUUGAGGCUAUUUUUGAUUUUUCUCCCGAGAACGGGCUUUUUUUAGUGCGCGUGUUGCUUUCCCCCCCCACACUCUUUCCAUUCGAUUCCUAUAAUUCAUGCCCUCCCUGCCUUCUCCGCUUUCUCUCCCCUCCUCCCCCAAAACAUCCAGCAGUGAUGAUGCACCGUCCUCGGUCCUCUCCAGCGGGUCACUCCGCUCGGGCGGGAGGCGAGCAGCCGAGCGAGGGAGCGGCGUUUGCAGGGAUGCGCUGGGGCACCGCACCGCUGCCCGGCAGAGGCGGGCCCUCGCCGCUGCUGCUUCAUUCCUCCGCCGGCGCUUCUGGGCCCCGCCGGCAGCUCUUGGGGACAGCCGACUUCCCCUCCGCGCCCCUCGCUUCUCCCCCUCCAGCCGCGUCCCAGCGCCAGCAGCCUCCCAGCGCCGGCCCAAUGCCUGCGGGAGCCCGGCCGCUUCCCGCGGCCGCAGGGCGAGCCGACAGCACCUGGCCGCGCUGCCCGCCUUAGCGGACUGGGGGAGAGAGAGGGAGGGAAGGAGGGAAAAAAGGGAGGGAAGGAGGGAGGGAGGGAAAGAGGGAGGCUCCUCCGUGCGCGGGGAGCGGCUCUGGCUCUCAGCUGGGCGCUACCGGCAGCGGCAGCUCCCGCCGUGCUGCGCCGCGGGCGGGGACGGCUCCCGGCGCGGCCGGAGCGCACCGCUGCCGCGGGACCGCAGCUCUAGGGCGGGGGGCUCAAGCCUCGGCCGGGAAGUAGAGACAGAGUUUUUCCGUUUUUUCUCUUUUUUUUCUCCCUAGUGAUUGGGCUUUUUUUAUUACCCUUUUUUUUUAAUCCCUCCCCCCGCUCCCCCAUUCAGCCGGCGGUGCGUGUGGCAGCGGGGAGGAUGCGCGCUUCCCCCAAGCCGUUCCCCGGCAGCUCCCGCCGCGGCUGCGGGGCGCUGGGGCCCGCGGGGCCGGGGGCGCGCUGGGCCGCACCUGGUGGCACCGCCAUGAGCGGGCUGCGCCCCCUGAUCUCCGCCGCUUCCCGCCGCCCUUCCGUGCCUGAGUCUCCCCUCGCUUGUGUCCAGCACCGCGCACACACGCACACGCCGUCACGCACGGAGACACUCACUCACUGACUCUGCCGAGCUGCCCAGGCUGCCGAACAGCACAGCGCAGCGUCGCGCAGCCCGCCUGGAGCCCCCUCCCUCCUUCCUCCCUCCCUCCCUCCUUCAAUCCCUCCCUCCCUCUCUCCUCCUCCCUCGCUCCCGCCCGCCCGCCCGCCGCUCUGAAGGAUGCCCGGUAAGUAGCGACGAGGACCGGCACCUCUGCCGGUGCGUGAUGUGAGAGGUUAGGGACUGCUUACACUGCUGCCGCCCGCCGGGGGGGCGCAGGGCGGGGGGGCGAGGGGAGGGGAGGUGACAGCGAUCCGAGGCAGGAGGCGGCGGGGCUCGCCGUGUGCUCCUCAGAAGGACUUUUAGCUGCUCGACCGGGGCUUGGAUGUGGGCGCCGAGGGACGGGGUCUGUGCACCGCAGCGGGCACCGGCCGGGGCGGGGGCGCUUCGCCUGCGCUGCGGGUUGCUGCCUGCAGCACCGCGGCUCAGCAAGUUGUACAUCAUUUUGGCAGAGAUGUCUGAUCUUUCCAUCUGCAUACCUGGAGGUGCUUUAUUCCCUGAAUGGUCUUUUCAGUAACCACUAAACUCUUCUUGGGACUGAACUUUGGAACAGAUGAGUUAAAUCCUUCUGGAAUGUUCUUCAUCAGACAUAGACGUACUGGACUUUCUGGAUGUGCCUAAGGACACAAAGACUGAAGAAGUCCUGAAGAUUGAUGGAGGGCCAUGCUAUUCAAACAGCAGGCGUUGCUGAGACAGAAGCUCUUUGUGCUAGGCAGCCUUGCUAUUGGAAGUCUCCUAUAUCUAGUUGCCAGAGUUGGGAGUUUGGAUAGACUGCAGCCCCUCUGCCCCAUUGAUGGUCGUUUUGGAUCCCGUGGCCAGGACGAAAUCCCGUUGAGAGCCCUGCAGUUCAAGCGAGGUCUGCUCCAUGAAUUUCGAAAGGGCAAUGCCACCAAGGAACAAAUUCGACUGCACAAUCUGGUUCAGCAGCUUCCCAAGGCCAUUAUCAUUGGGGUGCGGAAAGGAGGCACCCGAGCACUACUGGAGAUGUUGAACCUUCACCCUGCAGUGGUCAAAGCUUCUCAAGAGAUUCACUUCUUUGACAAUGAUGAAAACUAUGCCAAGGGAAUUGAGUGGUACAGGAAAAAAAUGCCUUUUUCUUACCCUCAUCAAAUAACAAUUGAGAAAAGCCCCGCGUAUUUUAUCACCGAGGAAGUACCUGAAAGGAUUUACAAAAUGAACUCAUCUAUCAAAUUAUUGAUCAUUGUCAGGGAACCUACCACAAGAGCUAUUUCUGAUUACACUCAGGUGCUGGAAGGCAAGGAAAGAAAGAACAAAACUUACUACAAAUUUGAGAAGCUGGCAAUUGAUCCUAAUACCUGUGAAGUGAACACUAAGUACAAGGCAGUGAGAACCAGCAUCUACACAAAACAUCUGGAGAGAUGGUUAAAAUACUUCCCAAUUGAGCAGUUUCAUAUUGUGGAUGGAGACCGGCUCAUCACAGAACCACUGCCAGAACUCCAGCUGGUUGAGAAGUUCCUAAAUCUUCCUCCGAGGAUAAGUCAGUACAAUUUAUACUUCAAUGCCACCAGAGGGUUUUACUGCUUGCGAUUUAACAUUGUCUUUAACAAGUGCCUGGCGGGUAGCAAGGGACGCAUCCAUCCAGAGGUGGACACCUCUGUCAUUACCAAAUUGCGCAAGUUCUUCCAUCCUUUUAAUCAAAAAUUUUACCAGAUCACGGGGAGGACAUUUAACUGGCCCUGAACUAAACUUCAUACAACAUUUUCUGUUGCACCUGAGGCAUGCAAUAUGAUGUCUCUGCUGAAAUAUGCACUUUUCAUAGAUACAACUAGCAAAGUAACUUUUUCAUGCAUACGUGUACAUAAUGCAGUGUGUGACCAAAUAUACGGUGGGAUCGAUUUUUUCUACAGAGUAGUAACUAACAUAAAUUUACUGUCAAUAUAGUUGCAUCUUUUAAGAUAUAAUAAUAAAGGGAAAGGAAGUAUUUAGGGAAACAAAGUCAGACACUGUUAAAAGGGUCAGUGUUCCUCUCGCUUAGUGAAGUGUUUCUGUGACAUACUUAUUGAUCUAAGCAGAACAUUAGUUUAUGCCAUAAAAAUUCUUGUCAAAAGUCUGUAAAGCUGUGAGAAAGCAUAAUCUUGAGGCUAUAUUUGGUACGUGUAUUGCUAAAGGAAUACUGACACUUUAAACACAGUGCUGAAUUUUUACAAUGAGAGUGAAUAGUACUAUUUUCUUAUUAUUUUAAAUGAAUAUCUUAUCUCAUACAAACUACAUUGUUUUAGAGUUCCUGUGGUGAGUUUGCACUAUUGUUUUAUUGUAUGGACCAUUGUGUCACUUGUAGCAUGUCAAUCAUGUGUCAAGAAAAGGUCAAAUAAUUUUUUCUUCUAUACUUGUGUGUCGACAAAGCUAAACAUGGUGUACAUAGUGUACAAUGUUUGUAAAUACUGGUUUCACACUAAGUAAUUCUAUUUUGUAAACUGAAUAUGGCUAUUUAAUUUAUUGUGAAAAUUAAAUUUAUUGUGGUAUUUAAAGAUGGAAUGGAUUAAAAUUACCUAUAUGUGCAA